CUGUGUGUACAUACCCUCUGCCUCCAGAGAGACAGCAGGAGUAGGAGUGGCACAGGUACACUGGAUAUUCUCGUUGGGUUUGAAGAGGGAGGACACGAUAGGGGAGGAACCUUGAGAACGGCAUGACAACGCAAACCUUAUAAAAGACGGAGGCACACCCGGCUUAUAGCUUCAGUUAAGCUCUCCUCUCAGACAGCAGCACCUUGCCGUAGUCAUGCUCAGCCUCAUCAAAUUGCCACGAGUCUUCACCAUCAAUCAAGUGCCCAAAGUUUUCCAUGAGGACAGCAUUAUUUCUGGGUACCGGCACCCCCGGAGCUCAGCCACCGACUGCAUCCUGAGCCUCUUCCAGAUGACCAAUGAGACGCUCAAUAUCUGGACCCACUUCCUGCCCACCUGGUACUUCCUAUGGAAACUAGUAACGGUGGUGCUGAUGCAGAAAGCGUGGCAGGACUCCUUCACCUGGCCCAUGGUAAUCUUCCUGUUCACCUGCUGCAUUUAUCCACUGGCGUCGAGCUGCGCUCACACCUUCAGCACCAUGUCAGUGCGGGCACGCCACAUCUGCUUCUUUUUUGACUAUGGCUCUAUCAGUUUUUACAGUCUGGGCUCAGCAAUCGUCUAUUCAGCUUACGUUUUCCCCGACAAGUGGGCGAACAGCUCCUUCCAUCAGUCCUACAUCACCAUCGCUGUGUUCAACACCAUCAUCUGCACCAUCCUAGCAUGCUACUCCAGGCUUGGCUUACCAUUUCUACAAUAUAAUCACGACAUCAUAAAGAGAUUCCCUGAGUACCAGAGUCCAAAGUUAAGCAAAUUUCUUAGAGUCGUAGCCUUUGCCUACCCUUACCUGUUUGACAACAUUCCUCUGUUCUACCGGGUGCUCCUGUGUGAAGGGGAGGGCUGUACAGAUAACGCUACCAACAUCCUCCACUACUACCACAUCACCCUGGCUUUUCUCACUGCUUUUCUGUUUGCUACCCAUUUACCCGAGCGCCUGGCACCCGGAAGCUUCGACUUCAUAGGUCACAGCCAUCAGCUUUUCCAUGUGUGCGCCAUCCUUGGCACUCACUUCCAAAUGCAGGCCAUGGAACAGGACAUGAAGAUACGGCGUUCCUGGCUCGUGGAAAACUCAAUACCCAUCACAUUUGCCAACUCAGUGGGUCCGGCGCUGCUUUGUGUGGUGUUGAAUUUGGUUAUCAUCUUCCUCUACAGUCUACCUCUCCUCUUGGGCCCAGUCUGCAAAGACAUGAAGUACAGUAGAGGACCAAAGAAAGACAAACUCUGCCCCCACAGCUGAACCUCCAGCUUCAUUGGUCAUGGUUUAAGGGGCUUUAACUCGUCCAAAACAUACACUUUAUAUGGUCCCAAGACUAAAGAAAUUGCAUUAUGGGUAAUAUAAAUGUAAAGAGUGCACCAGAUGAGGAACUGACAUGAUGUUUAAAUGAAUCACGGUUGCAUUUGGCCUUUAAUUAUCAAUGAGAUGCCUGCUGUUGUGCGGAUAGGCUGAAAAUAUAGGUGCAAGGUGCACAAACAUAGCAUGAAAGUUAACAACGUGUUUGUUAAGUUUCAUAAUAUGUAACGACUUUUAAAUGUUUCUGAGGAAACCUGUUUCUACAUGAAGCUACAAAUGUAGCAGGUUAGCUACAUUACAAGGCAGCGCAUUGUGUAUUUAUCUUUUCGCUUCUCCGAUUUCCACACUUGUGGUGUAUGAAGAGACUGCAGGGAACAAAAACUAUGUAAAAUACUGUUUUUUCCCUUUCAAUUCCAGGUUUUGAUGCUGAACUGACUGUGGUUACUGAGCACAGAGCUAAUGUCCUCUGAGUCAUUUAUUUCCCUCAGAAUGUCUGAUGUUUCUGGUGUUACAUUUUUCCUUGAUUACAAAACUGAAAGUAUUUAAGAACAAAGUUAUUUAUUAUGAGUUUUUCAAAUAAACUGUAAACUACGUC